CAGAAAUGGUUGAGUCUUUUUUACGGGUUUGGCAGUUUUUUUGUUGUUGUUGAAUCAUCAGAAAGCUCUUGCCAUGUCGGGGUCACCAGAACUCAUUGUUUUCCUUGUGCUACUCCUUCUGGGGACAUGCUCCACGUAUGAAAAUGUGGCCUUGCGUGGAAAAGCAACCCAGUCAAACCGUUAUGAUCACAUGUUUGGGGCUGCCCUGAAUGCUAUUGAUGGAAACCGUGAAUCUAACGCCGAAUAUGGAUCAUGCACCCACACUGCUAUACAGACCAACCCCUGGUGGAGAGUGGACCUGCUAGAAUCAUAUAUCGUCACCUCCAUCACCAUCACCAACAGAGGAGACUGCUGUGAACACAGGAUCAAUGGGCUGCAGAUCCACAUAGGCAACUCUCUACAAGACAAUGGCUUAGGAAACAAAUUGGUUGGUACAAUUACUGAAAUGAGUGCAGCCGAAUCGUUCAGUCUGCCUUUCACUGAUCGUGUGGAGGGACGUUAUGUCACUUUAUCUCUACGUGGUUCAGGAAAGAUCCUUACAGUAUGCGAAGUGGAAGUCUAUGGGUACCGUGCCCCAACUGGAGAGAACCUGGCAUUCCAAGGAAAAGCCAUACAGUCUUCAUUGUAUUCCAUGGGCGCUGCAAAUAAUGCCAUAGAUGGGAAUCCAAGCAGCAAGUGGGAAGACAGCUCCUGCAGUCACACUAACAACGACAUCAGCCCCUGGUGGCGACUGGAUCUGCGCAAAACCCAUAAAGUGUUUUCUGUUAAGAUAACUAACAUAGAUUCAAACCCAGAACGACUCGAUGGAGCUGAGAUACGAAUUGGAGAUUCCCUUGCAAACAAUGGCAACGACAAUACCAGGUGUGCUGUGAUCACAAGUAUCCCGGCAGGCGGUGUUGCUGAAUUCCAGUGUAACGGGAUGGACGGUCGCUAUGUUAACAUUGUCAUUCCAGAAAGAGAGGAGUUCCUGACUCUGUGUGAGGUGGAGGUGUAUGGCUCCAGACUGGAUUAGGCCUGACAAAGUUCAAAAUGAAUAACAGCGACAUUUUGCUCUUAUAUGUACUCGUAGUAACUGGAAUCACAACAUAAGCUUCAAUGUAGUCAGAUAAAAACAAUAACAUUCAACAAGUGGAGCAAUUUGUGUCUAAAUUACUUCCUCAUGAAUUCGUUAUCUCCUAGUAUGACAGAGAUUGCACUGAGGGAUUUUUAGCAAAAAGUAGUUCACAUGCUAUGGACACUUGUUUAUGUUACGGCAUUUCAUAGUUGAUUUUGUCCUUAUUGGUCUGGACCAAAACUCUUUACAAGUUACAUUUAAAGUACGUGAUAACUGUAGUUGUUCUGCUGAAGGGUUCUACCUGUUAAAAGGGAGUUGACAUUGUCGCAAAGUGCUUGCUCUUUGAAUCGUUGGUUCUCUGUAAACAAUAUUACAAAAAAUACAGUCCUGUUCAAUAUUAAAGGUGCGAUUAGAUAAUUAUGUUAUGAAUUGACAUCCAUCCAUCUUCAUCUGCUUAUCCGAUUGGUGCUAUAUAAAUAAAAAUGAAUUGUAUUAGUAGAAGUAAAAUAUGUUCUACUACUUUCGCUUCUUCUCACCUGCUAGCAUGUUUAUUGCUGGCUGAGCAGUGGGAGCUGUUAUUAUCUUAUAGACCACACUGACGUUAUUAAAAUACUGUUUUAUGAGUUUUUAUAGAUUUUAUUUUUUUUUUACCAUUCAGUUACUGAACAUUCUGUUUCUUGUGUUUUUACUAGAGUGAAGCUAAUUUUGCAUGAAUUUUAAGGGUGUAAUGCAACAUAUUGUGAAGGGACAUUGGCUUACUACAAGUCUUUAUUUAGUUUGUUUCAUCACUUUGACAUUGAAAAUUUUGCAUUGAUUACAUUUAAAUCACAGAGCUGCCAACCUGCUUUGUCAAAGCUAAAUAUUAGUGGUAACAUAAUGAAAUGAAACUUGUUUUGAUUUGUUUUGUGCCCUAGUGACCAAGAAUUGAUUACUGUAAUUCAACUUCAUAGAUUGUUGCCGUCGCUUCUCUGAAGAUGGUUCAACUUGACUUUUCCAAACCCCUGUAGAGCACUGACAGUAGGAGCUGCUGGUGGUGACCUCCGAUAGUACCAUUACAAAGCAUUUCACUUAGCUCCAUAGAGAGCCUAAGUCCCUCAUGUAACAUGUAACUUUACUGUUACUCCAUGAUGUGAUGUGAUUGGAUAGAGUCCGCAAUGAAUAUAAUCAUGAUUUAUCUAAUGAUUGACUUUAUGGAGGAGGUUUUACACAAAAAUCUUGGUUUUAAGGGUUUUGCAAAAAAUUUCCACAUCACAGCCAACAUCUGAUGAAGGAGUUGAACAGACACCGGCUGACCAAAUCAGUAUUUCAUGGUUGGCAACCUGUCAACCACAUUUCUAGGUCCCUAGUUUUUUUGCAACACAAAGGGGGAAGUGGGAUUUGAACACACAACCUUCUUGCUGUAAGGUGACAGUGCUAACCACUGCACCACCGCGCCGCCACGGGUCACAGAAUCUCUUCUGUUAAUAAUAUACAACUAAUCCGUAUCCAAACAUUUCUACAGGAUUUAUGUCUGAUUAAUGAGAGCUUUCCCUGUCAGCCCAUUCUGUUUUCUUAUAAGGAUCAGUCAUCAAAUAAAUCAACUUUAAGAAGUACCAAAGCCAAAGUACAUUUUGGAAAUGCUUAAUGUCUUUACAGUUAGAUGAGAAGGUCAAUACAACUCCCGUGGCUUAAAUAUGACCACUGAUUUCAGGAAGUGACCACCCACACCAAUCGUUGUUAAUAUUUACAAAUAUUUGGUUAUUGUUCUGAAUAGCAAACUAUGUUUGCUACAUGUAUGUGUAUGUGACAAAGAACCUUUACAUGUUUCGAAUCCCAUGUUGAUGCUACCUAUUCUUUAAAGAAGUUCUAUUGAAUCUGUUUUUACCUUCUGUAUUAUUGCUUGGUUUGGAAACAUAAAUCUGUCCAAUAAGAA